AAUAUGAGGACGGUGCCCGUGAGCGCGAGCCCACCCACAGGAGCCUAAACAAAUAAAUACAACUCUUGAUACGUCACAGGGUGCCUUCCUCUCUCCGUCUGUGGCUCUGCGCUGUUGUAGGCAUCAUGAGUAUGAUGAAGAUCAAGUUUACCUUCCAGAAGAGGGUGCGUUUGGCCCAGGGUCUGUGGCUGCUCUCCUGGGCGGCCAUGUUCUCUGGGAUGGUCGUCUUCUUCAUGGGGGUGUUCCUGAAGACAGAGCUCCUCCGCAGAUCUGAGGUAAUGCACAAUGAUGACAUCCAUGUGGUGCCCAACUUGCUCAUGGUAGUGGGACUGGCAUCUGUGGGCAUUAACUUGUGCGCUGGCCGAAUCUGUCAGGACUCCAUGGACGUGGCCCGCUUUGCCCGCUGGAAGACCUUCCUCACUCCUUUCUUUAUCGGGUCUCUGCUGUUCACCUUCAUGUUUCUGGUGGCCAUGGCAUUGAGCUAUGCCUUACAGGCCAGUUUGGAAGAGUCCCUAAAGAUUGGGCUGAAGAAUGGCAUUCGCUUCUACAAGGACACAGACACCCCAGGCCGUUGCUUCCAGAAGCAGACCAUUGACCACCUGCAGAUAGAGUUCCAAUGCUGUGGGAACAACAACUUCAGGGACUGGUUUGAAGUGCAGUGGAUCAACAACCGCUACCUAGACUUCACCUGCAAGGACGUGAAAGAUCGUGUGCGGAGCAAUGUUGACGGCCGCUACCUGAUGGACGGCGUUCCGUUCAGCUGUUGCAACCCGGCGUCCCCGCGUCCCUGCAUCCAGGAGCACAUCCUGGACAAUACGGCGCACCACAACUACGACUACCAGACGGAGGAGCUGAACCUAUAUAGCCGUGGCUGCCGCCAGGCCCUCGUCAGUUACUACAUGGGUCUCAUGAACACCAUUGGCCCUGGUGUCCUCUCCGUAUUCAUGGUUCAGAUGUCCAUGCUGGCGAGUCUGCGGUACUUGCAGACGGCCAUGAUUGGGGUGGAGGUGGAGGACAUGGAGGUGGAGACCGAGGGCUACAUCCUGGAGAAAGGGCUGAAGGAGACGCUGGAGGAGGCCAAGGAGACCCUGAAGGCGCUCCUGCGCCUGAAAGGAGGCCAGGUGGUGGACGAGACCACGGAAGGAGACGCAGAGGCAGGGGCCUCCGAGUAG